AUGCCCGUCCAAUCGCUUCUUACUUUCCCAGAACAAGUGCGCGAUCGCAUUAUCAGCUACUUGCCACAGCAGGCAUUAAUCAAUCUAGCAACUACAAACUAUGAAUUCUACCACCCAUGCAUGAAAAAACUCUACUCCAAAAUUGCAGUAUCAGAAAUACCUCCUUUGAGAUGCGAGGUGGAUCCAGCCAACAAGCUUGACUUACGAAGAAUGGACUUUCAAGACAGCACGAGGCUGGUGAUUUAUGGCCUCCAAGGCUGCUACAAGCGAGUGUUGAAUAUCAAAAUGAUUAACGCUCGUUUGGAGGUGCUAGUCCAAGCUUUGACUAUAAAUACCGAGUUGAUCAGCUAUAUCAAAGAAAUACACAUCUUGCUGAAAGAGCCACAUUUGAAUCAAGUUAUCCACAAGUUGUCAGCGCUUUUAAAGUUGCAUUCAGCACAGUUGAAUUACUUUUAUACUCAAAAUCAAGGUAGAUGCCUGUUUUUGACGUGCCCUGAAACAGAGCUACGAAUGGGCAACUUGACAUCGCUGGUGCAAUUGGAAAACCUUUCAACUAAACUUGGCAACGUAACCACUUUGAUAUUUCCAAGCGACCAAACACUCUACUGGCAAUACAUGUCAGCUUUACCGCAAAACCUUGAUAACUUCUCGAGUUUAUCAAAGUUCAAGUUUGUGAUAAACACCUCAGUAUUUGACAGAAAUGUUAAAUUGGUCAAUCUCAUUCCGUGGAACAAAUUGAAAAGUCUUGAAUUGGUGUUUGACUAUCCUACAAAUAGCAAUGUUGAAGACUACCUUAUAGACUUUCUUGCGUUGCUUCCAGAGUCGGUGCCAAAACUCAAAAGCUUAUCCAUCAUCCAAGGUACAAUUUUUCCCACACAUGCUAGCAACGAGAUAUUUGAUUUGAACAUGUUCAAUUUGAUUCGGCAAUGGUGCGCAAACCUCGAUUACUUAUCCAUAAAACACAAGUUACCCAUAAUGGGUAACUUUCCCGAUGGAAUGGAGGGAAACUACCGCCGAAGAUACGAAUUGUACCUGCGGGUAUUGCCCAAAUUGAUCAACCAAUAUUCAAGCAAGCCUAAUGUUAUUUUGAAUUUGCCCAAUCUUUUCCAAACUUUUGCAUGCUACGAGCAAUAUAUGAACACAGUGCUAUACAAUGGGUGCAAGUGUCACCAUUGCGAACAUUAUUUACAAAAACUUGAUUGGUUCUUGAUGCACCACAAGUAUUAUAAUGUUCAAACUGGACAAUAUAGAGACAUGAAUGCUUCUCACUUGUUCUCAGUCUUGGGGCGUGCUCUUAACGACAGAUUGAUCCAGAAUGAUCUUAUUACCCAAUUGGACCAGUUGGCGUUUCCUAUCUGGAAUUGCUCAUGGGAUUUCCACGAGAUGAUUGUCGAUCAAAAUAGCAACUGCUCUCAAAACAACGAUGCGUACCUGGUUCCUCCACUCAAGUGUUUAGAGAAAGAAAUCAUUGAAUAUGGAGAGUACGAUGAGGAUAACGAAGACGGGAUCAUUGAAAGCACUGCUUCUAAUAACAGGUGUGAGUUUUCGCGGAAACUUUUUUCACACUUGCCGAAAUGCAUAAGUCAUUAUCUUAAUGAUUUAGUGCAAGAGAUCUUGAACUUGCAUAGGGGAAAUGCUGAACAAAGAGCAGACGAAGUGGAACACGGUACAGGUACUGACACCGAAGUCUCCUUUAUGGACUCGUUGAAAGAUGGUGGAGACCUAGACACCACGCAUCCAUUCAACAUCAGGAGGAUUAUCAUAAAUGGUAUUGUCUACAAUAUUGGAGCUGAACUCAAUGGUACGCACUACUAUGUAAAUGUAUAUGAUGGGUGA